AUGCACCCAACGAACGCGAGCACCACUCGAAACACGUACCAGCCGUCGGGGCGCGUCAAAAGCGCGCCGGCCAUCUUCUCAGCCGCCUCCACGAGCGUCAGCGGAACCCGGCGCAGAGUCGGGCAAGACCGCGUGCCCCGCGAAGGCGCCGGGCCCGCGGCCGGAGGUGCUUGCAGGCACGGAGGAACGCGCGCGAGCCGGCUGCGGCUGGACGAUGCGCUCCGCCCGCGACGCGGCCUCCGUUUCUGGGUCGGAGGGACGCGAGACGAACGGGGGCAUCGUGCUCUGCGCGCGCUCGAUGCGAGGCCUAUUCCGCUGCCUUUGGCCUGUCAGAACACAGAACACAUUAUCUCCCGGGUCUCCAGGAAAAGUGACGACGAGGCCAUCGAUGGCGAGUUACCUUCGUACGUGGUGGACUGCUCUACCGCGACACCGAGGACGCCGAAGGAGAGAAAGAGCCAGAAUCGCGAAAGACGAGAUCGUCGUUGUAGAAAUGACGACACACACACGUGCAAGGGGGAGGUGGUCGCAGUCCAGCGGCGGAUAGAAAUUUCGUCGUAG